ACCAUAGACGAAGACGGGCAAAGUUCAACCUUCCCUAGUGUUGGUGUCUCUCGAACUUCACUCAUAUUUAUGAUUUGUGAGUGAUUAUUGGUGUAAAGUAACAUUAACUUGUGGAGAUUAUUAAAAAAACAGAAGGUAAUAACAGGAUGGAGACACUUAGCCUAAGGAUAUUUCUAGGCAGACAGUAUGAGUGAAGGGGUGAAGCAAGACAAUAAGACCCACCAAUAAACUGAAUGGUUGUGGUCGUUGAAGAUCCUAUUCUCAGCUUUGUCGUCGAUUGGGAAGUAGUCCCAGCGUAAACGAUUCCUAUUACCACCUACACGUUACUUGUUUGCUCCAUUUCAAGCUUCUUGCCAGACCUCUUUCUUCACUAUCAUAAUAAUUGAAGUACAGUUCUUUGCGCUCGGACCCUUUAUAAACACUUAUCCCUCUCUCUCUCUCUGGGUGGUCACACAGAUCAAGGGUCUCUCAAGAAUCAAUUUUUUCCUGGUGCUGAAGGGUCUCAGGCUCUCAAAGAUUCAAUUGUAACCUUGAAGGUCCGAAGUUUUUGAAUCAUCUUCUUGUCACCCUUGUUUUUAUACACAAAAUGGCGGCAAUAUUGGCUUCACAUAGCUGUUAUUGCCGUAAUGUGGAAUUGAUGACUCAAGAGAGAAGGAUGGACAGUCUUUGUUUUGCAAGCUCAGUCUCUUCGAUCCAUAGUUUCCCAAAGUUUGAGAAGCAUACUUGUAAUUUAACUGAAACUGAGAAUUUACACCAGUUUCGAGUAGAGAUGCGACAGACUGAAUCACCCAUGAAAUUGGGUACCAAUGGUCGACCCAUCAAAAUGAUACCUACAAGUGAGGUAACAAAAAAGAAAACGCCAUCCCUAAAUAAUGUGGAGAAAGUGAGUGGUUCGAAACGGGUUGUCAAUGGAGCAAGCCUUGUCAAGAGAGAUCCUGCUCCGGUCCUUCUUAAGUCACGGAAAGUUAGACAACCUGACAAUCUUCCACCCCUUGAAGAGCUGAAAGUUUUGCCCUCAGAUGAAGGUUUCAGUUGGGCCACUGAAAAUUAUAAUUCUGUUCAAAGGAGUAUAGAUGUGUGGUCUUUUGUUCUCUCUCUUCGUGUGCGUGUUCUCUUAGACAAUGCAAAAUGGGCAUAUUUGCGAGGAUUCACAGAAGAAAAGCAGAAAAACAGAAGACAAGGAACUGCCUCAUGGUUGCGGGAACGAGUGCUGCAACUUGGUCCAACUUUCAUCAAACUUGGACAGCUAUCCUCAACAAGGUCUGAUCUGUUUCCACGUGAAUUUGUGGAUGAGCUUGUCAAGUUACAGGAUAGGGUACCUGCCUUCUCACCCAAGAAAGCAAAAGGCUUCAUUGAAAGGGAAUUGGGAGCUCCAAUCGAUCUAUUAUUCAAGGAGUUUGAAGACCAACCGAUUGCAGCUGCUAGUCUUGGUCAGGUACAUCGAGCUAUCUUACAUAAUGGAGAGAAAGUAGUUGUCAAAGUUCAGAGACCGGGCCUAAAGAAACUUUUUGACAUAGAUUUACGGAAUUUAAAGCUGAUUGCAGAAUACUUUCAGAAGAGUGAAACUCUUGGUGGGCCGACGAGAGAUUGGAUAGGAAUUUACGACGAAUGUGCUAAGAUUUUAUAUGAGGAAAUCGACUAUAUUAAUGAAGGAAAGAAUGCUGACAGAUUCCGCCGGGAUUUCCGAAAUGCAAAGUGGAUCAGAGUACCGAUGGUGUACUGGGAUUAUACAGCAUCAAAGGUGUUGACCUUGGAGUAUGUUCCAGGGGUUAAGAUAAAUCGGUUGGAUGUGAUUGAUGCACUGGGUUAUAGCCGAUCUCAAGUUUCAUCACGUGCUAUCGAAGCGUACUUAAUUCAGAUACUGAAGACUGGUUUCUUUCAUGCUGACCCUCAUCCUGGAAAUCUUGCUAUUGAUGUUGAUGAAGCACUUAUUUAUUAUGAUUUUGGUAUGAUGGGAGAGAUCAAAAGUUUUACACGAGAGAGGUUGUUGGAACUUUUCUAUGCAGUUUAUGAAAAAGAUGCAAAAAAGGUCAUGCAAAGUCUCAUGGACCUUGGAGCACUUCAGCCCACAGGAGACCUGUCAUCGGUCAGGAGAUCUGUGCAGUUUUUCUUGGAUAAUUUGCUAAGUCAGACACCAGAUCAACAGCAGACUUUUUCUGCGAUUGGUGAGGAUUUAUUUGCCAUAGCAACAGAUCAGCCAUUCCGGUUUCCUUCGACUUUCACCUUUGUGCUUAGGGCAUUUUCAACACUUGAAGGUAUUGGCUACAAUCUUGAUCCAGAUUUUUCCUUUGUCAAAAUUGCUGCACCUUAUGCCCAGGAGCUGCUAGAUAUAAGACAAAAGCGGCAAACUGGAACGCAACUUGUUCAGGAAAUAAGGAAACAAGCUGAUGAUGCCAGAACAUACACCAUGUCCAUGCCGUAUAGAGUUCAGCGGAUAGAAGAGUUUGUUAAACAACUCGAUUCUGGAGAUAUAAAACUCCGGGUCCGAGUGCUUGAGUCUGAGAGGGCAGCUCGGAAGGCAACAAUUCUACAAAUGGCGACCAUGUAUACAGUUCUAGGCGGUACGCUCUUAAACCUCGGUGUCACGUUCAGCAAUCAGGGUGGUCAAGUCAUUGCAAACGGAUCAUUCAUCGGUGCAGGUGUUUUCCUGAUUCUGUUCAUUAGGUCCAUGCAAAGGGUGAAGAUGCUAGAUAAGUUUGAGAAAAUGAUAUGAUUUUUACACUUACACCUCAUGAUAAAUCUCAAAUCUCUCCCCAUUGAUUUUUCAUAGUCUUUUUUGUUGGUUCCACAUUCUUGUUAGCUGUAUGAUUUGUAACAUUGCGAUUCUUAGACCGGGGACAUCUUCAUCAUCCCCUAUAUAUAUCAGAAAUCAAGUAUAGACACAAGAAAUUAUUCAAGGUCAGGUUAAAUUGAACACAAUAGAUCUGCAACUCCAAUAAUUGUUUUGUAAUACAACAAUUCUGCUAAACUUAGUUGAGGAAAUGAGUCUCAAUUCUGAAAUCAAUUACCCUAUG